CACGGAACAGAUCACCGCCAUUUUGGUUAAAAAUUUACCAAAAAUAUGUCCCUCGAAGGACAACAAGCCGGGCAAAUACAAAUAGAAAAUGUCUCGGAGCAGGAUAAUAUUGUUACCAUAAGCUUGUGCAGUGCUGCUGAUCUUGAAAAUGUGGCUGGAAGUCUGGUGGUCGCUGAUGGUUCAGGACUUGAUUAUGCCCAGUACAUCACUCAUGCCACUGUGGCCCAGAUGGCUCAGGUGGCAGAGACGGGAGAAAUGGUGGCCUUUGUGGAACAGCACAUCAUUGAUCCACAGCAGGAGAAUAUUGACCCACAGCAAAACGUUGACCCUCAAAAUAUGGUGGAACAUGUGGUGUACGAACAGAUUCCUGCUCAGCACAUUUUCGCCCUCCCGCCUUCACAACCACUACAUCCUAAAAAGGACAGUGUCAAACCGCCUGUUGGAAAGGGUCCAUUCAAGUGUGAUACUUGUGAAAAAGUGUUUCCCAAAUGGAACCAGUACCAACGGCAUCAAAAACUUCACGAGGAAGACAAGCCAUUCGCCUGUAACCAGUGUACUGCCUCAUUCAACGUUGAGGAUAAUCUGAUCCUCCACGAGGCUACCCAUGUACAAGAUGGAGACCCAACCUGUCCCGAGUGUGGCAAGAAGUUCUCGCGUAUUGCCAGUCUCAAAGCACAUAUCAUGCUCCACGAAAAGGAGGAAAAUCUCAUGUGUACAGAGUGUGGGGACGAGUUUAGUGUACAGAGUCAGUUAGACAAACACUUGACCGAACAUCGUCAGGAACAGGAGGGGAUCAAAACCUAUCCCUGCAGACAGUGUACCCAAGAGUUCAACAAGCCUGCCUUCCUACGGGAACACAUGAAGCAGCACUACAAAAUCAAGUCAUCUCUUGCUCACAGAGCCUACAAGAGGAACAUUGACCGAUCCACAUUCCACUACAAGUGCCAACACUGCGGGAAGACCUUCCAGAAACCCAGCCAACUGGAACGACAUAACCGUAUCCACACAGGGGAGCGUCCCUAUAAGUGCAGUCUAUGUAACAAGGCCUUUAACCAGAAGGGAGCUCUCCGUAUCCACAUGACCAAACACACAGGGGAUCGACCCCAUAUGUGUGAUUUCUGCCCAUCAACAUUUGCUCAAAAAGGAAACCUCAGGGCUCAUAUCAAGCGAGUACAUACACUGCCAAGGGACCAGGAAAAUAAGCCAGCCUUUCAGUGUGACGAGUGUAGCUGUGUGUUUAAGAAGCUAGGCAGUCUAAAUGCUCACAUCAGUCGUGCUCAUACAGAUGGUGGAGAACCACCCACCCAAGUUGAGAUUGGUAGUGUGAAAGACAGCUGCCAUCGGACAGUUGAUGAGAAUGUCAUCAACCAACUAUUGGGUCUGUCGGAACAAACCAUAGAAACUUCUGUGACGGCCAAUCAGCAGACAGUAGAAGGGUCAGUUACAGAUGACGACCCAGACAAUCCACAGAGUUCAGACAUCCUGCAACAAGCGUUGCAGAACAGUGGACUACCGAGUGGUGCCGAGGUGGGUGUGGAGUCCACUGCUGUAGCAUCACACGUACUGCAGGCUAUUGCCCCUACAUCAAUGUCCAUAUCAAGCUCUGCCCCAACUCCCAUCAUCCAGACUAUCACCACCAUGAAUGUUCAGGACACAGCAACAGGCUCCAUCAAAAAACACAUUAUCAGAAAGAUUAAUGGCGUCCGGUGGCACCAGUGUACCUACUGCACUAAGGAGUUUAAGAAGCCGAGUGACCUUGUCCGCCACAUCAGAAUCCACACCCACGAGAAACCUUACAAGUGUACGCAGUGUUACCGGGCUUUCGCUGUCAAGAGCACCCUUACCGCACACAUUAAAACUCACUCCGGUGUAAAAGACUUCAAAUGCCACGUCUGUGACAAACUCUUCUCUACUCAAGGAAGUCUCAAAGUCCAUCUGCGGAUGCAUACAGGAGCCAAACCAUUUGACUGCCCUCACUGUGACAAGAAAUUCCGCACCACCGCUCACAGGAAGAGUCACAUAGCCUCACAUUCCAAGGAUGAUGGCAUCAAACGGCCUCGGAGGACAUUUAGACGGACAGCCAAGUCAGAUCUCUCACUUCCUGAUAUACCCAUGCAAGAACCUAUCCUUAUAACAGAUACAGGUCUGAUUCAGCAGCCUCCUCGGAACAACAUCAUCACCACCUACCUUGGUGAAGCCGGCAGUGUGGAUAGACCUUACAAGUGUGGCUUCUGUCAACGAGGCUUUAAAAAAUCUAGUCAUCUCAAACAGCAUCUCAGGUCCCAUACAGGUGAGAAGCCGUACAAGUGCGUGCAGUGUAUGAGGUCAUUUGUGUCAAGUGGGGUCCUCAAGGCUCACAUCCGUACUCACACAGGAGUGAAAGCAUACAAGUGUCCCCUGUGUGAUAGUAACUUCACCACCAACGGCAGUCUGAAGCGCCACAUGUCAACACACAGUGAGGUCCGACCCUUUAUGUGUCCUUACUGCCAAAAAACCUUCAAGACCUCUGUCAACUGUAAGAAACACAUGAAAACCCACAGACAUGAGCUGGCUAUUCAGGCCACCAUACAACAAGGAGGUAGCUCUGGUGGUACCGACCACCUGGCAGAUGACAGCCCAGAGAACACAGACUCGGAAAUGAUGAACGAGACUCAGACUGCGGAGCUGAAUCUCAACCACCAGGAACUAACCACCACGUCUAUGGCACAGCAGGAAAUAGGUCAGCAGGCCAUCCUUACUCAGUCUAACAUACAGGAUGCCCUGAACACUGCCAGCCUUGACCAGCAGCUACAGCAGACCCUCAACCAACAGAUUUUCGGUCAGCAACAGACCUUUAGCCAAAGUUUACUUGGACCAGGGCAGCAGAACUUUAAUCAGCUUAACAGCCAGCUUAAUGCCUACAACCAAUCUCAGUUUGGACUACAGACUCAGCAGCUACAGAACAAUCUGGACAUAAACAAUCCAUACACAGGGUACAACCAAUCAGUGACCUCCCUGACCUCUAGUCUCCCCAGUACCUCCAUGCAGAACAUACUCCUGACCUCCCUGACCUCUAGUCUCCCCAGUACCUCCAUGCAGAACAUCCUCCCCACAAAUGAUGGCCAAAUUCCAGAGGCCCAGGAAGCUGACUCCUCAGAGCAGGAACAGGCGGUCACGGAGACUGACCAGCAGUACGCCCUUAUACCACUGGAUGAUGGCAAGCGUGUAUACAAGUGUGACUAUUGUGAUAAGUCCUUUAAAAAGUCCAGUCACCUGAAACAGCACAUCCGGUCCCACACAGGUGAGAAGCCGUUCAAGUGUCUGACCUGUAACCGGACAUUUGUGUCGGCAGGAGUGCUAAAGUCACACUUGAAGACCCACCAGGGCAUGAAGGAGUUUCGCUGUCAUGUAUGCCAGGCAAUGUUCACCACCAACGGUUCACUCACGCGCCACAUGAACAUCCAUGUGAGCCAGCGUCCGUUCAAAUGUCCGUACUGCCAAGAAACAUUCAGGACUUCCUCCAUGUGUAAACGACACAUGCGGCUUCACAGGGAAGGCAAUGACGAGGAUCAUACUAUACUACCGCGGAGAGCCAAGUCAGUGGUUCAUGUUACGGAUGAACAGACGGAGGAGUUGUCAAGGACAGCUGAGGAGGAGGAUCUCACUGUGUCGCAGAAAAUCUUACUGGAAUCUGCAACUGAGAAGUCGCGGGUCAGCGAACCAAAGGAAAUGAGAGAGGAGACAUUAGAAAAAGGACCUAAAUAUGCUCACCAAUGUACAUACUGUCAGAAAAGCUUCAAGAAGCCGAGUGACUUAGUACGACAUGUGAGAAUACACACAGGGGAGAAACCUUAUAACUGUGACGUCUGCCACCGAGGCUUCACCGUCAAGUCUACCCUCGACAGUCACAUGAAAACACAUAAUACUAAUGACAAGCGGUUCAAAUGUCAUGUGUGUUCCUCCAUGUUCUCUACAAAAGGCAGUCUCAAGGUUCACAUGCGUCUACACACUGGAGCCAAACCCUUCAAGUGUUCUCACUGUGACCAGCGUUUCCGCACAUCUGGUCAUCGCAAGAGUCAUGUAUUGACACACAAUCCAGGCCAGCCCAAGCGAAGGAAGGCUCUAACUCAGGUCGUACCUGAUGUCGACAAUCAACAACAGCAGCAGAUCAACUUACUGAACGGAACAGAUGUACAGAACAUUGUUGUGACUAGUCAGCCCAAUGUUGGUCAGGUGAUCAAUAUUGACCAAUCAAUGCUACAGGCCCAGAAUGUGUUACCAGUGUCACUAACGGUACAGGACAAUAUGGGUCAGCUAAACGAGAGUGCCCUGGCAGCACACGUGUUACAGGGUCUCGAAGGAAUACAGUUACAGUUCACUGGAAAUCUAGGACAGGGUAUUCAGAUCACGGGGCUCGACCCCAACAUCUUUUCACAGACUGUACAGAUUGACACCAGCCUUAUACAACAACUACAGAACCAGGGCAAUGUUAACAUUACCAUCAACCCCAAUAUCAUCACCCAAACCACACUCCAGGCCGCCGACCCCAACCUCGUACAGAAUGUACAGAACAUACAAAUACAGAACGUUCAGCCAGUGACUGUCCAGGAACAGAUCAACCCCAAUGUGAUCAUUCAGCCCAUGUCUACAAUCACGGUGCCCCAUAUAGAAAACCAGCAGCACCUGGCCAACCUACAGGGCCUGCAGGGUAUACAGAACAUACAGGGUCUACAGGCUGCUGGGCUUGUACAAGGCCAGGUUACCAUGCAGGAUGGGGCACCUAACUCUUUCGUUGUCACGGCUGAUGGGACUCUGGCCACUGACCAACAGAUAACGGUCACCCAAGGAGACUUACAAGCACUUCCAGAGGUAGACGACACCAACAUUGUCAAUGAAGAUGUUGAGGAUGAUCUAGAUGAGGAAGAGGAGGAAUUAGAUGAUGAGGAGGAUGACAUUGAAGAUGCGGUUGGAAUUGUAGGAUCGGUAGAUGAACAUAAUCCCAACCUUCCUGACAUUGAGGAAGAGGAGGAAGAGGAGGGUCUGACCCAUGGCAGCGAGUCGGCCAACAUUAGUCUAAGUGAUGUGGCUGGUGGGGACAAGUUCCUCGGCACAGGACGUCAGCAUACCUGUACAGUUUGCAAUAAGAGUUAUAAGCGAUCCAGCCACUUACGGGAACACAUGGUAGUACAUGACCCAUAUUCCUCACCAAAGCGAAAUAAGUACGCCCCACAUCAUUGUGAUACGUGUGAAAAAUCAUUCCAGAAACCUAGUCAGCUGGCAAGGCACAAGCGCAUCCACACAGGUGAAAGACCAUUUAUAUGUGGAAUUUGCCACAAAGCUUUUAACCAGAAAAAUGCACUUCAGAUCCACUUGAAACGACACAGUGGAGAGAAACCACACAAGUGUUCCUACUGUGAGCUAGCCUUUACACAGAAGGGGAAUCUAAAAACUCACAUCAAACGGGCUCAUCACAUGGACAUGGUGCACUCAAUGAACUUACCUAAAGCACUGAGUUUUGUUCCACCAGCUGGCGCCACUGUCAGCGUGAGUACAGAUGGUGAUGUCAACCAGGAUUCCAGUCAUGAUGUUGUGACAACACAGGAGGAAGAUGGAAUUAACUUGGAGGAGGUGGCUGACUUGUUCCCUUGACGACCAGUAAAUGGAUAGGUGCUUUGUUAUUCUGCUGAAAAAAUGGCUAAUUGGAAACAGAAAUAAUAAUGUCUUUCUUGUGUGUAAUACAAAGAGGAGAGCAAACAUAAUUAUGAAUGUUCAAUUUCUGUUUCUGAUAAUUAUUGACUAUUAAUAUAUCUUUUUAAUUUGUGCUUGGACCUUAAGGAUGUUUUUUUGUAAGUUUCCUUUGAUGUCACAGACAUAAGUUCAUCUAAUACAGAACACUUGGGUUGUAAAAAAGAAGAAUUUUAAGAAGAAUUUAAAUCAAUUCCAGUGAAAAACUUGGGACCAGAUUGAUCAUUUUAAUAAAAACCCAUGAUCUCACUCCUAACUACAUGUCUGUCAUGUGUAAGGGGAUCUAUUGGUGAAUCAAUCUCCAGCAGGUUUUGCCUCACAAGUUUUAUUGUGCUAUAACUGCCUGUUCAUAUUACGGCAGAUAAUUCCUUAGGUCAGUAUGUGAUAUAAACUUGCAAUUGUGAUAUUUGAUGUUGUAAUAACAACUUGAUCCAUAUUAAUUUAUAAAAUAAGUUCCCCACAGGUACUACAGAUGUGGACUGUAGGUUUUCACUCCCCUCCCUCUGUAUUCUGUCUGUAUUGGGACAAAAUUGGACUUGGUUUUCACUUACCUCCCUCUGUAUUCUGUCUGUACUGGGACAGAUGUGGACUGUAAGUCUUCACUCCUGUCCCUCUGUAUUCUGUCUGUACUGGGACAAAAUGGGACUGUAGGUUUACACUUACCUCCCUCUGUAUUCUGUCUGUACUGGGACAAAAUGGGAUUGAAGGUUUUCACUCCCAUCCCUCUGUAUUCUGUCUGUACUGGGACAGGAUGGGAUUGUAGGUUUUCACUCCCUCCCUCUGUAUUCUGUCUUUCCUGCUCUACUUUGGUACAUAUCUCCGAUACUAUUUUACCUGGAGUUACCAAAUAUUUUGUGCAAAUGCAUUAUGGGAUGACAACCUGCUGUUAAGGGUACAGUGAUCUAUAUUUUGGCAUCAGACCCCUGCUUUUAAACUGGUUGUCUUGGGUAUAAAGGUCACUGUAACCUAUGGGUUAAUGAUUAAAAUCAUAGAGGUUGUUGAUAUAGAAAAUAUGUUGUUGUAGCAAAACAAUUCAGUCAUUACAACGAUGCCUUUGAUAUACCCACAUGUAUCAGUAUUCUCUUCUGACAAGUGGUUGAUCCAGAGAUAUUUCUGAUAAGUGUACAGUUGGAUAAAUAUGGAAAUCGCUACCGAUGGGGAUAAUUGAUUGACUUGCAAUGCUUUGCCUUCUUUUAAUGUUCAGAAAAAGAGGGAAAAUUAAUCUGCUGAAGAUAUAUUUGAAAUCCAAUUGCCAAUCAAAAUGUUUAUUAAAAUACUCACAGAAAGUUGUAGUAUGAAUACAUUGUACAAGAUAAAUGUGCUAGCAUUCAUAAGAACACAUUUGAGAACAUGUGAAGUAUGAAUGUAAAUGUAUUAUCGUUAUCAAGAUUUAAUGUGUAAAAAAGGCUGUGUGUGUGUGUGUUGAAUGCAUCAUUUUUUUCUAUAUGCAAAUUUGCUAGGAGUGUGUAUUUUGAGAAAUACUAUAUACCUGUAGUAUAAGUUAACUGACAUUGUUGAGAUAGUUAAAAAAAUCCACCAGAUUUUGGAUUCCUUAUUUUCAAUGACCCUGUGAUGGGCAACAGUUAGUGACCGACGGGAAGAACAGUAGGAACUCUGUAAGCUUUGCCAGGGAACUUUUAACUGAAAAUUUCACUUUAGUUACCUUAAGUUUUAAAAAUUGCAAGAUUUUUUAAGAGGGAGUAAUUGAAAUUAAACUAAUGUUAUGACUGUUUUAUUUGAACAUAUCGUUAUUUUUAAACAUGGUGCUGUGUAGGAAUAGAUGAUAGUAGUCUUGGACUUAAAGAAAGAUCUUUUCAUGUGCUUUUUGACAAUUAUGCCUCUUAUUUAUUUUUAGGUUUAAUGUUAUGUGAUUGGGACAUUCCAGCCACUUGUAUAUAAAAUUCUUUUCAAUUUUUUUUAUCUGACAGUCUGGUUUGAUGGUCAUUUUUCCAAUCAUUUCAACAAUUAAUCAAAGACUGAUCUGUUGUAAUUUAUAAAUUCUUUUUCAAUUGAGUUUGUCCCAAUCCUGUGAUGGCUUACUUCAGUAUUACUGCUUAUGAAUGUCCGGUAUCACAAUGUUACUGUUUUAUAUGUUAUUGUCUGUGUCCGAUGUCACAGUAUGACAGCUCGUGUGUCUGACGUGAUUCCGUUAGUGUUAUUGUUGUGUUUGAUAUCACAGUAUGACAGCUCGUGUGUCUGAUAUCAUAUUAUUGCUUACACCUGAUAUCGCAGUAUGACAGCUCGUGUGUCUGACGUCAUAUUAUUGUUUACACCUGAUAUCACAGUAUGACAGCUCGUAUGUCUGACGUCAUAUUAUUGUUUACACCUGAUAUCGCAGUAUGACAGCUCGUGUGUCUGACGUCAUAUUAUUGCUUACACCUGAUAUCACAGUAUGACAGCUCGUGUGUCGGACGUCAUAUUAUUGCUUACACCUGAUAUCACAGUAUGACAGCUCGUAUGUCUGACGUCAUAUUAUUGCUUACACCCGAUAUCACAGUAUGACAGCUCGUGUGUCUGACGUCAUAUUAUUGCUUACACCUGAUAUCACAGUAUGACAGCUUGUAUGUGUCCGAUGUCAUUCCGGUAGUGUUAUUGUUGUGUCCGAUAUCACAGUAUGACAGCUUUUGUGUGUCUGAUGUCACAGUUUUGCAGUUUGUGAUACAACCAUAAGUAAAUAAGAUUAAGUCACGUACCAUGGAAAGAAAGAACGAGGUAAUUUAGUGUCAAAACAUCUGAUUGUAUGUCAAGUUGGUGUCGAAUCAUGUUGUUAAAAAAAUGUCACAGAAAUGAUUUGGCUUCUCAAAUUUUACAGUUUUUUUUUAGAGGGCUAGUGGUGCAAAAGAAUGUUUUGUGUUUAUUUCAGUAAAAUAGACAACUAAAAUAACCUACAAUUUGGAGGAAAUAUCUCAAUUGUGUUGUUUACAUCAAUAAAAUCAUUUUUAUUAUGGAACGAAAAAGGUUGACGAAGCUUGGAAAUGUAAGAAAUUUUUCUCCGCUUCUUUCUCCAAUACCAUUUAUUAUUGCGUAUUAAUUAAAAUGUUAAUAAUUUAUUAA